AUGCAACAGACACCACAGCAACAGCAACAACAGCAGCAGCAGCAGCAGCAGCAGCAGCAGCAGCAAAGGGAGAAGCCUGGUGUGAUGGGCGGCCUGCUCCGCGCGCUGCGCAGCGGGAUCUCGUCUGGCGCGGAUGCGCUCGCCCUGCCCCGCUGCGCCGGCUGCGGCGCCGCCGCCUUUGGCGAGCCGAUGUUGGUCGCCGGCGGUCUUACCUAUCACGCCGCCUGUUUCCGAUGCGCGGCCUGCGGCCGGCCCAUCGCGGCCGGCGGCGUGAUGCAGUACAGCACCGAGCGCGAGACGGGCGCCGCGUUCCACCCGUCCUGCUACCGCGAGCGCUUCGACCCGCGGUGCUGCGUCUGCCGCGGCCUGGUGCCCCAGUUGGAGGCCGGCCGCAUCUCAUACAGCUACCACCCCUUUUGGAAGGACUUGAAAUGGUGCCCCGCCCACAACACUGACGGCACGCCGUCCUGCUUCAGCUGCAACAGGCUGGAGCCGCGCGGGGACGAGUGGGUGGUGCUGCGGGACAGGCAGCGGCGCGUGUGCCUGGACUGCCUGGGCACCAUUGUUGUGGACACCCCAGACGUUCAGCCGCUGUACCGCGAGGUUGUGGAUUUCUUCAGGGUUCAGGGCAUGGCCCUGCCCUACGCGCCGCAGCUGCUGCUCGUCGAGUCUGGCGUGCUGGAAGACCAUGCGACGCGCGAAAUGGGCCGGCCCCCGGGGCUGGAGGGCGCCCCUUUGUUCCACAUCCUCGGUCUCUGCCUCGCCACAGUGUACACGUCAAUCCCCGCAGUCAUGCGCAUCGGCCAGGGCCUGGGUGUCAGCAGCGUCGCGACAGCCCUGGGCUCCGCCCUGCCGCGCGGCGCGACGCAGCGCGUGAGCGUGCAGGGGCUGCUGGUGCUUUAUGGCCUGCCGCGGCUGCUGUGCGGCAGCAUCAUCGCGCACGAGCUCACGCACGCCUGGAUCAAGAUGCAGGGGGCGGUGGGCAUCGACCCCCACAUUGAGGAGGGCCUCUGCCAGCUGCUGGCCUACCUAUGGCUGGAGUCCCAGGACCACAACGCCAGGCGGGCCGGCCCCGACCAGGAGCGCCUCGCAGCCUAUCUCAC